AGAUGUCAAUCAUUCAACAGCGAUUCGUCUGGGUCCAGAAGCUGGCACUGAUACGCGACGGUGAUGCAUGCUGUUUGUCUGUUUUGAUCUUGGCCACAUUCCGCGGCCUGAGCCGAUCCUGAGCAACACUGACACAACUUCGUGGCGCAGCAUGCACAACCUAGCCACAGACCGUAUGCACAAACUUCGUCAAGCCAUCCUUUCACCGUAUAUCACCUAUCAACGGUAGCUUGGAUCGCGAAACCACAGCGGAGCUCAUCUGUCUGGGCGAGUCUCUGCAGAGACAGAGAAACUCGAUCCCGUCGUGUACCUCCAAGAUUGCACCCUCUUUUUGCAUUGUGAGGACGUCCGCCCAGACCUCCUCCCCAUCAAUCCUUCCAUCGCCAGAGAAGGACAAAAGAUGUGUCUUCAGUCCUUCCUGCCGAAGGACUUAUCUCGAUGGACCCUGGAAUCUCAAAGCUGUAAAUACACCGCGAUACGAUAUCUAUCGAGUGUAACAAUAUGUCUUUCUCGAAGACAGCAACAUCACGCAUCUUUCUUGAUCUACCAGUAGAUUGUCGCACAGAGAAGGCAAUGUCAAACGGAGACUACCAUGACCCUCAACAUGGUUGGGUUGCCGGUUCUCGACAAUCCGCCCCGCCUCCAUCUGCUGUCAGCAAAGUAUUCCAUGCAGUGAUGGAUGAGGGUCCAUUUGACGAUGCCCAGUCAGAGCUUCAAUGGUGGGAUCAACUCCCAUCUGUCCCAGCAGUAACUAGUCUAUUUCUCCGGCAACAGAACCGGCGGAGAUGGAAUCCGGAUUCGCUAGCACAUAUGUUUGCCCGGUUUCCUCGGCUCCAGGACGUCCACUACGAGCCCUGGAGGGAAUGGAACUUCCUACAACGCGAAACAGACAGAGAUGCUAGCUAUUACUUCUUCGAGAUCCAACCCUCUUGGGAGUGGCCAAACCUGCUGUCGCUGGUUCUCACUUCAAAAUUACUCACACCCGACGAGAAUCCGACAGAUAUCAACGCUAUACUUCAGGCAGCCGCGUUGGCGGCUAUGAAGAUGCCUCGCUUGAAGACAAUGGAGAUUUGGAACGGACGAAAGGGCUUAGCAGCGCUCUUUCGGUAUCAGGCGCUCCGCAACGUACAGCAAGCCGUAGUUCUGUGGAGAGGCACAUGGGAUUUGGCAAUGGAACCUCCUCUGAUCCAGGCUUGGGAAGCUGUGAUGCAUCAGUAUGAUGGACGGAGACUCGAUUUAGUCCAGGAGCGGCUGGAUGAGACUGCUAUCAAGUCUCACGGUGAUGCGCUUUCUUGUCUGAUGCUUUCAAGCCAGGUCAUUCGGCCCAUCUCGUUACAGCAGAUCCAAAUGGAACAGAAAGCUCUAGAGGGCGCAGACACUAUAUAA